AUGGCCCAUCGACCUUCCAAGGGUGCUUCCCGAAGGCGUGGAAGGAAAACGGAUGCAUCUGCAAGUGGAGGGUCCACUGUAGCGAAUCUUAGCGACGAGCAUGACAAGGCGGUUCACGGUAUAUCCAAGCAUAUGAGGCCAGUCAUAUGCCUUCAACGAUGCGGGUUGUCGGCAUUGAUGGGGGCGAAGACCGAAGCGACAACUGCUGAUGUUCUUUACUACUUCAUGAUGAACGCCCCUACAGCGUACAAACGGCUGAUGCGGGCUGCCAAAGAAGCAGGAACACAUGGGGGAGAUGCAUUGGCGACGGCAGAGCUUCACCUUGAGGCAUACGGGCGCCAGUUCGAUGCACGGGCAAACAGUGGUAUUAACGCCGUAACUGGGAUAAUGGAGAAGGCUGAUCGCCCAAUCGAGGGACUGGUUUACAACUUCCCGCCCUACACAGAGGAUAAGAAGGGGAAAAUACGCCCUGUUCGUGGAAACGGUUGGGGUGGGGCCCGAAGGGGUAAAGCCUUCGAGAGAGUGCGGAGACAAGAGGUUGCCCAAUCAACAAGAGCUGAAACAGAGGGGGUUGCUCCAAGCCUGCAGCCUCAUCCAUGCACGAUUGUUACCACUGAAAGCAUCCAACAGCACGCGGUACUCCAUGCAGCCGGUGUACCAGAACAAGCCCGAAGGAAUACUCAUCAGGAUGGGCCCCUCAAGGAUACUCCAGUUCCAGUCCCGAGAGGGUGGCCACGUGCUCCAGCCGUCACGGACAUGUCACCGUACAUGGUAUGUUUCUUGGAGCCAAGACACAUGCUAUAA